AUGAAUAAUAUUCAAAAUUUAUCAUGGUAUAACAUACUGAUAUCAAAUCAAAUAAUUGAUUUAUUAAUUUGUCCUUCAAAUAACAAAUUCGACCAAGAGAAAAAACAAGAGCUAGAUCCUAACGCUGAAAUCAAACCAACAAACAACUUCAAUAAAAAUAAAGAACAAAAUUUACAAAAAGAACAAGAUCCUACAGAAGAAGCAAAUGUUAAUCAAGAUUUGAUGUUUCAAUUUCAACCAAAUAAAAAUCUUCGAAAUUAUAAGUAUAACCUAAAAGUACAGGUUAUAAGAAAACCAAACCAAGAGGCCGUCAAUGCUUUUCAAGAACUUCAAAAGUUUAAUAUAGAACCCAAUGAACAUUUUUAUCUUCCAAACCAAUCAUGGGGUGGUAAAGAAAUGAAUUUUUCUUUUCAAAUACCAAAAGAAGUAGAAGAAAUCAUAGCCUCAUUAAGGAUGGUUGGUAGCCCAAAUACCAAGGCUGGAAUAAUACUUAAAUUCAAAUACUCAGGUGUGGGUGAUUGGUAUAUUGGUUGUCUUACAGCUAAAGCUACCAGUGGUAUCUACUACCUCGAAAUUCAACACUCGAACCAAACUUUCAGAUCUCAAGAGAUUGAGUUCAGAACCAACUCAAGCACAUAUGUAAUACCAUUUUAUUACAAGUUUAGCUACUUUAAUAAUAUGCUCUAUAUAUUUAGCUCUUUUUUUAAAGCUGAACCAAAGCCAAAACCAAACUCAACUCCAAAACCACUAGUUGUAGAAUAUAAUGGAGUGGAAAUCAAAUAUGAUUAUAGCCCAAUUAAAUUUGGUCAAACUCCACUCUAUAUCUCAUUCCCAGCCCCAGAAAAGUUUUUGGAUGCCGGUAAUACUCAAAAUAACUUUGAAAUUUAUUAUAAUGUUUAA